AUUUAAUUUUGUUGAUGGCCAUCUCGCCACGAACCGUCCAGAAGAAGCCGUACGUACUGUCACCAGAAUUUGGCGCCAAAAGACUCACGCCAAUGGCUUCUCCCUCACACCCCUUCUCCUCUCUCCACAAUUAGUUACUCUCUGCUCUCACACAUCUCUCUCUCUCGUGUUCAUGGAAAUGGAAGAAGUCCGGAGGAGAAUGGGGCCACUGCUUCUUCCCGGCAAUGGCGGGGGCGGUAGCAGCCGCAGAAUGAGGAAGCCCCUCUCCGACUGCACCAACACCGCUCGCAACUCCUCCCAGUCCUCUUCUUCUUAUACGGCGUCUGUUCUCAAGCCACAACCGAAGCCCGAUUUCUCGGUCCCCCACUCCAAUUCGCGGCUCUGCAGCAAAACCAGCAAGACCAGAGCUCGGAACCCUAGCCCCUCCCCUGUUGCUGCCGCUUCCGCCGUACCUCCUCGGCCUCCCACCAAAUCCGCUUCUGCUUCUGGGCGAGAGUGUAAAACAUUUGACCCUCAUGCAGCUCAGAUUCAAGGUCGAGCUGUGCAAAACGCUAGGACCGAAGGGAAGACAGCUAUGGUGCCUGUGAGCAGCUCUCUUACAAAAAGGAAUAGGAGAACGGGUGACAAGCUUGAUCAAGGUGAAGAGGGCAGUAUAUCCAAAUCAUGUGCUUUGCCCAAGAAAAGGAAGCAGCACUGCAAACGAGAAGAGGAUGAUUCCAAGAAGGCCUUCGAAGACUAUAUCCAGCAGCAGAGAUCGUAUUAUGCAGAGAUUGAUGCAUUCGAACUGCCAGAGGAGGAGGUAGACUCAAUUGCAGCUUUGGAGUGAGUUUCCUCUGGUGAAGGAUCACCUUAUCCCACUAUAUAUAAGAUGUCAACACCCAGUGUACAUUAACAACUCAUAGCAGAUAUGGUAGCUAGAUUCUAACAUCAGUGCUGAAGUCCUAGACACUUUACUUAAUGCCGAGAUGUAAAUGAGAUGCAUAUAGUUCAUCUUGGACAAGAAGAGUAAACUUUUGCGGCUCAUUCCAAUAGUAAAAGCUAGUUCGUAACAUUUCUGGUGG